AUGGUUUUGUCGCGCAUGCUGUCAUCUUUGUCGCUACCCACGUAUCUAAAAUGUUCGAUACACUUGAUAUCGAGACGAAAUCUGACCAAUAAACAUUUCAAUCGUACUUUACCACCAACGAUAUUAAAGGAUAUCUUCGGUGGCAACGUUAAGAAGAAAGUAGCGUCCGCUGAUUUCGGCAAGGACGCCAACGCUGGAUCUGAUUUUCAGAGAGCGGUCAGUUUCGUACAACCAUGUUUGAAGGAAGAGCUGCUUUGCAAGUUUUCGGAACCCGUGCAAGAUUGUUGUCACAAAGUGACCGUGGUAGGAUCCGGUAUGGUUGGAGUGGCUAUCGUCAACUCGCUUAUCUUUCAGGUGGGACGAGUUCUUAUUCACAAAGAGUGUCCCUUGAUGUUUACGUUUAACGCUGAGAACGUUAUUUCAGACUUCUGUAUCACAAGCAACUCGAAGGUGAUCAUAUUAGCUGCGGGUGCUAGACAAAUGAAGGGCGAAUCACGCUUGGACCUGGUACAACGGAAUUCAGAGAUUCUGAAGAGCAUAAUACCAACUCUGGUUGGUUACAGUCCAAAUGCUGUGAUCCUGGUCGUCAGUAAUCCAGUUGACAUUUUAUCGUGGUUAACGUGGAAAAUAAGCGGAUUGCCAGCCAGUCGAAUAAUCGGAACCGGGACACACGUCGAUUCGGCAAGGUUUCGUUUCUUAAUCGCCGAUCGUUUAGGAAUAGCUGCCAGCUCGGUUCACGCAACUAUUAUCGGGGAGCACGGGGACAGUCAGGUUCCACUCUGGUCUGGAGUGAAUGUCGCGGGUGUACAGUUUCGCGACAUUUUGCCCAAUAUCGGCCUCGAGACCGACGAGGAAAGAUGGUAUGAACUUUCCAAAGAAGUGGUCAGACUUGGGCCCACUGUCAGAUGCUUAAAGGGAUACACCAACACGACAAUCGGACUCGCUACCGCUGACAUCGUACGAGCUAUUCUCAACAACUCGCAGAGAGUUAUACCAGUUUCAACCUUGAUUCAGACAUCGGCUAAUGUUGUGUUCAAUGUUCAAAAGGGUAUUAAACCUGUAUGA